AUGAAGGUUUCCCACGCCGUAAUCAUUACUGCUCUUUCCCUCACAUCCCACAGUUUAACAAUUACUAGAGAAUCACAUCUCCAGAUCGAAGCAAGAGCUGGUUGGAUCGCCCUGGGAUGCUACACUGAUAAUGUUUCUGGCCGCGCAUUGCCAAGUGGCACAGCAGUGCCUGGAGGUCCUGGUGCGAUGACAAACCAAGCUUGCCAGCAAGCUUGCCAAUUAGCCGGCUUCUCGAUUGCUGGUACCGAGUAUGCCGGCGAGUGUUGGUGCGGUAACGCUGUUGUGAACGGUGCUGGCCCAGCGCCUGAUGGCAAUACCCAGUGCAACAUGGCGUGUAAUGGCAACACGGCUGAGAUGUGUGGAGGACCCAAUCGCUUAACAGUGUACAAGUAUUCGUCUUCUGGGGGGACAAAUCCGCCUGCUUCGGGGACAGGAAAGAGAGGACUUCCUUACAACAAUAAUAAUCCUAGCAAGAAUUCCGUAUACGCAAAUUUGUUCAAGGGCUACCAGAAGGUCUCCUGGGCUUACGACUGGGGAUACCCCUCUUGGGGGUUAGAUACAUUCUUUGAGUUCGUCCCCAUGUUGUGGGGGAAGCCGAGCGGCGCUGCACCAGACUGGACCACUGCAGUGCAGACUCCUGGGACGAAAAACAUGCUCGGUUUUAACGAGCCAGACCUAACGUACUCGGCCUCUUCUAACAUUCUUCCUGCUGAUGCCGCUGCCGGGCACAAGACAUACAUGGAGCCGUUUCGGGGUCAGGUUAAGAUAGGCAUGCCUAACGUCCUUUGGAACAACAACGUCGGUUCAUCAUCCGGAGGCAACUACAACUCGCGAGUUUGGACGCAGUACUUCCUCGGCAACUGCACUUCGUGCCACUUUGACUUUGCUGCCAUCCACUACUAUCAGGACUGCGUUCCACCUAAUGGCCAGGAUGGAGCGGCUUGGUUCCAGAGCAAUGUGACGGACGCCUACGACACACUUGGCUUGCCAAUCUGGAUAACCGAGUUUGAGUGUUAUGGGACAGAGGCUCAGCAGAUCACUUUCUUGCAGAAGGUUUUGCCGUGGAUGGAUGCACAAAGCUAUGUGGCGAGAUACGCCUACUUUGGAGCGUUCCCUGACUAUCUCAUCAACCAUGACGGAACUGGUCUGUCAGCUCUUGGAACCGCGUAUGCAACAGUAUAG